AUGAAAGUUGUAUUCCUGGGUGACGCGGGAAAGGCAACGAAUAAUGUCUCCGUCAUGAUUGGUGCGAACGCACAUUCACCUCCUGACGAAAGUGUGGAUGUGCAUAACGAUUACUUCGUUAAACGACCAACCCAGGCACCUGAUGCUUGGGUUGAGAUCUGGGAUUACUCUGGGGGAUGUGCCUUCCGGGGCUUCGUAGCAGGAGAUGGAGACAAGAAAUCCUUGUUUGCAUUCUUCGACUCAGCUGUCGUUGGAAGGGACCUGAAACAAGGCCUCAUGGCAUUGAUCGAACUUGCUGAAGCAGUCUUCGCCGUCAAUCAAGUAGUAAUCUGCCUGGACCGAGAUGUUCCCGAAGUCGACCGAAAAGCAUUCCUCAAAAGUCUUCGCUGGGUCGGAUUUGAACUCAUUUCUCUGGACAUGUGGGCGAAUGAUUUCGAUGUUACUUCUGACAAAUGGCUGUACUUGGGAAUGGAGGUCUGA